UCAGACGUGAAUGUGUAUUUUGUAAAACAGACAGAAUUCAUCGCCUUUGCAUGGUUAUAGCCUGACAGAUAGAAACCAAAAUGAGUUUCCAUUUCGUCAAUCCUCCAGCUACUCCGGGAUCUACAAAACGCGUUAUUCUAGAGUACGUUUUCACAAAUCAAACAAACUUCCAGUUCAUGUCCAAGAUGAAAGUGGUAAAUUUUGAGCCAUCGAGCGCAGAAGAAUGUCCGUUAAAUGACACAUACAACUGGAAUGAUGCAAAUAGAAAAGAAUUUACUGUAAUGAUCAUGAAACCGGUAGCCAUGUUUGAAAACCCGUUUUUAAGCAGUCCCCAUAAGUUAGUUCUCUGCGACUUGUGGCUGACGAUGGACAAACCAGCAGAUAUUAACACAAGGGUCAAAUUAACAGAAACAUUAAACAGACUACAGUAUGAUCCGACAACAGGACACAAGCCGAAGGAGCCUCAUGACCCGUGGUUUGGAUUCGAACAAGAGUACUUUGUGGUAAACGAUGACGGAGUCCCGGUCAGCUACGACCCUAUAAAAUUUGACUAUACUACAGCUUUCCCUUUACAGGCUGUCGGACAUGAACACGAUAAAAACAUCGGUGUGGAAAGGGAUUUGUCUGUAAAACACCUACAAGCUUGUAUCUAUGCAGGGGUUAAAGUGCAUGGAGCUGUACGGGAGAACGGACCGUCUCAGUGGGAAUACCAGAUUGGACCAUGUGAUGGCUUUAUGGCAGGGGACCACCUGCAGAUGUCACGCUACAUAUUAUUGAGACUUGCAGAACAGUGUGGGCUGAGGGUUACUCUAAAAACAGCCCCUUCAAAAGGAGGGGCCGACUAUUCCGCAGGACAUUUGAACUUUAGUGUCAGAAAAAUGAGAGAAAAAGAAGGAAUACGAUUUAUCCAUCAUGCAAUUAAUAUACUAUCCAAAUCUGACCAAAAGCCCCUAUUAAAAAUUUAUGACCAAACUAUUGAAGAAGCUAAUACAGACAGACUUUCAAAUAAGAAGGUUAAAGGACACCCCGUCAUUGACGAAUUUGUAUUUGACGGUGCCAACAAAGCCAUAACAACAGUCAGGAUCCCUCCUCUAGUAGCCUGGGAGCGACGGGGAUAUCUGGAGGAUCGUAGACCUCCCUCCUCUGUGGACCCUUAUGCUGCAGCAGCUGGUAUGAUCCGGGCAUGUAUAUUUGGGGAUUUCUUGAAGCCUGGAAACGAGUCUUUGAAAGAUUUGUCUGUUUGGGAUAAGGAUGCAUCUGAGUUGAUUGAAUUUCCUUACCCUUCAUGAACAAUACUGUUGUUUUACAUAUUUACCUGAAACGAAUAUACAUAAUAAAUAGAUAUGCUAUUUUCUUUAAUCUUAAACUUUUUGUUCUGAUUGUUUAUAUAUUAAUUCAACUUUGCAGAAGUCUUAUUGGCACCUAAAACUGAAUUUUUAUCACACUAUUUCAAUAUACCCGUUAAAAGAAUAAUUUAAAAUGUUCAUUAAAAAAGGAAUUUUCAA